UUGUGGAUGAGUUUGAUCUCUUGUAAGUCAAUAAUAUCUCAGGAUUGGAACAUAGUUUUCCAGACACCACUAGCCAGUUCCACCAUGGACCAUAAGGUAGUAAUCCUGCUCCUUUUAUUUCUGAAAUCAGGUCACGGGAAUUCCCUGGAUAACUACGAAAAUACCCAGGGGGCCUCCCUGGUCAGCCUCAGGAAUAAGCAGCUAGCAGCAACAAGCGUAGAUGAAUGUGCAGCAAACUGUGAGGCGGAAACAGAGUUCAUUUGCAGAUCAUUCCAAUAUCACAAUAAGAAACAACAAUGCGUGAUCAUGGCUGAAAACAGCAAGUCUUCCCCAAUUGUGAGAAUGAGAGAUGUCAUUUUAUUUGAAAAGAAAGUGUACCUCUUGGAGUGCAAGACAGGCAACGGGAAGAACUACAGAGGGACCGCGUCUAAGACCAAAAGUGGCGUUACCUGUCAGAAGUGGGAUGCCACUUUCCCCCACAAGCCUAACUAUUUUCCUGAUAAACACCCUGGGGAGGGCCUGGAGGAGAACUACUGUAGGAAUCCAGACAACGACCAACAGGGGCCCUGGUGUUAUACUACGGACCCUAACAAGAGAUUUGACUACUGUGACAUCCCUGAAUGUGAAGUUGAAUGUAUGCAUUGUGCUGGAGAAAACUAUGUGGGCAAAAUUUCCAAGACUGAGUCUGGACUUAAAUGCCAGGCCUGGGACUCUCAGGUCCCUCAUGCUCAUGGAUACCUUCCUUCCAAACAUCCAAACAUGAACUUGAAGAUGAAUUACUGUCGUAACCCUGAUGGGGAGCUCCGCCCAUGGUGCUUUACCACUGAUCCCAACAAACGGUGGGAAUUCUGUGACAUUCCCCGCUGCACAACACCCCCACCAUCUUCUGGUCCAUUCUACCAGUGUCUGAAGGGAAGAGGUGAAAACUACCGUGGGAAGGUGGCAGUUACCGUUUCUGGCCGCACCUGCCAGCGCUGGAAGGAUCAGACCCCUCACAAGCACAACAGGACUCCAGAAAACUAUCCCUGCAAAGAUCUGGAUGAAAACUACUGUCGUAAUCCUGAUAAAGAAACAGCUCCCUGGUGCUACACGACUGACAGUGAAGUGAGGUGGGAAUACUGUGCAAUUCCAUCCUGUGAGUCCUCACCAUCGUCUGCAGAGCAUUCUGAUGGCCCAGUACUACCUGAGCAAACCCCAGUGGUCCAGGAAUGCUAUUUCGGUAAUGGAGACACUUAUCGAGGCACAUCAUCCAUCACUGUCUCCGGAAAGAAAUGUCAAUCUUGGUCAUCUAUGAGACCACAUGUGCAUAACAAGACCCCAGAAAAGUACCCAGAUGCUGGCUUGAUAAUGAACUACUGCAGGAAUCCAGAUGCUGAUAAAAGCCCUUGGUGUUACACCACUGACCCGAGUGUCAGGUGGGAGUAUUGUAACCUGAAGAAAUGCUCAGAAGCAGGAAGCAGUGCUGUGGAAUCUCAGCCUCCUGCCCAAGUUCCCAGUGCAGAGACUACUUCUGAACCAGACUGUAUAGUUGGAUACGGUAAAACAUAUCGAGGCAAGAAGGCCACCACUGGUACUGGGACUCCAUGCCAGAGAUGGGCUGCCCAGGAGCCCCACAAACACAGCAUUUUCACUCCAGAGACUAAUCCCCGAGCAGCUUUGGAAGAGAACUACUGCAGAAACCCUGACAAUGACGUCAAUGGUCCCUGGUGCUAUACGAUGAAUCCAACAAAACUUUAUGACUACUGUGACAUCCCUCAGUGUGCUCCGGCUUUGUAUGACUGUGGGAAGCCUCGAGUAGAGCCAAAGAAAUGUCCUGGAAGGGUCGUAGGUGGCUGUGUGGCCAACCCUUAUUCCUGGCCCUGGCAAAUCAGUCUUAGAACAAGGCUUACAAUGAGGCACUUCUGUGGAGGCACUUUGAUAGCCCCAGAGUGGGUGCUGACUGCACGUCACUGCUUGGAUAAGUCUUUGAACCCACUGUACUACAAGGUCAUUCUGGGUGCCCACCAAGAAUUAAAACUUGAAUCUCAUGUGCAGGCGAUAGAUGUGGCCAGGCUGUUCCUGGGGCCCAGUGGAGCAGACAUUGCCUUACUGAAACUGAGCAGCCCUGCUAUGAUCACUGACAAAGUAAUCCCAGCUUGUCUGCCAUCCCAAAACUAUGUAGUCGCUGACCGGACAUUAUGUUAUGUCACUGGCUGGGGAGAUACCCAAGGGACCUAUGGUGCUGGCCUUCUCAAGGAGGCCCAGCUCCCUGUGGUUGAGAAUAAGGUGUGCAACCGCUUUGAGUACCUGAACGGCAGAGUCAAAUCCAACGAACUCUGUGCUGGGCAUUUGGCUGGUGGCGCAGACAGUUGCCAGGGUGACAGCGGAGGGCCUCUGGUUUGCUUUGAGAAGGACAAGUACAUUUUACAAGGAGUUACUUCCUGGGGUCUUGGCUGUGCACGCCCCAAUAAGCCUGGUGUCUACGUUCGUGUUUCAAGGUUUGUUAACUGGAUUGAAGAAACGAUGAGACUUAAUUAAUUCGAUGGGUGACAGGAUGAAGCAUAAGCUUACCCAGAAGCUGGAACAUGGGUGGGGAGUUUAGAAACCUCAGACAUAAUUUGAUAGCAAUCAGACUAAGACAUUGUACUUAGCUACUGUCAACCUUUGGCAUUUUUGUAUUUUUGUGAAUAAAUCUUGUCUGUGGACCGCUGAAUUCUAAUAAUAAGGCAACACAGCUAUGAUAUAUGCUCUAAAUAAACUCUGUACUUUCUUUGAUUUAA